UGGGUCAAAAACUUGUUAUUUUACUUUAGUUGUAAAGAUUACUAGUAAUGAAAUGAAAACACCAAGCUAUACCUACCUCUUCAUUGGUGUUACCUUUGGCUAUAUAACAUUGUUAACAGAUUGGUUGGCCGAUGGCCACACCCAUUUCUCUUGUGUUGUCAUUUCAUUUGUCAUUUUCAUCACAAACAUGAGAUUCAAUGUCUAACAGAGAGCCAAAUGUUGUUAUAACUUUGAGUAACUCAUUAAUGGAGAUUGGAAAAGGAUGCAGACACGAUCAUUUGUCUUACAAGGAUGUGUAAGAGGCAAUCUUUAUAAGAUGUGAUCCUUAUGUAUAUUGGUUUGAUAUUUGAUUUUACAGAUCACCAUAAUUAGUUAUCUUGAAAGGGAAGUAUAUGUGUUUUUUUCUAUUAUGGGAGGAUUAAGUGGGUCCUGAAAGAUGAAAGAGGAGGAUCCCAUUUAAGCCUUUAGCUUCACACAACAAGACUUCUGCUGGAACUCCUAUGCUUGCAAGUCACCAUUACUCUCAUCGACUUAUUGACUCACUAAUUAUAUUUAACUACAGAUUAGGUUUCAUUACUCUUGCGUACGUUAACGCAUUUAGUACCAAAUAAGGUAAAAAUUCGUGACUUAUCUAAAACACAACAAGUACAAACCUUCAACCAUUGUGGCUUAACGAUAGAUACUCUUCUUUCUUUUCACAAUAACCCAAAUAGAAUUCUAAGAAACAAAACAAAAAAGGAAAAUCAGUUGUUGUCACAUUAUAGGUUUCUUUUAGCUACAUUAAUGUAUGCAUCCUAAUCAAAUAAUGACUGAUAAUGUUGAUUAUGUAGAUUUUGAUCAUUAUGCGUUUUAAGUUUCAAAAUAUAUGUUUACACUAGACGCAAAUGUGCAAUAUAACUUCUUUACCAAACAUUUUCUACAAAUUCUAGACGCAAAUGCAAAGCAAACACACUCUACUAUACGAACAAGCAUGGAUUUUCUUAGCAUAAAGACGGAAAACAAAUCAUCCAAUUAUUGAUGUAAUUAAAUGCUGUUUUCUUUUUGCUUAUGGAAGGUAAACAAAAUCAAGAUAAGUCAAGCAACAUAUAACCAUAAGAUCAGCAAUCCUUAAAAUUUUUAUUUUUAAUAUACUAGUACUGUUAUAUGGAAAAUUUGAAAAAGACAAAAGUUAAAAAGAUAAAGAAAAAGGAUGUCAAAAUAAAAACAAAAAGAUGCAUUAAGUUCUAAACAAAAAGAAGAUGUCAUGAAAUUGUUAUUUGGUUGUUUAAAUGUAACUUUUGGUCAUAAAUUUGCUGGGGUGAAGCAUAUACAACAAUUAUGUUGAAGUUAUACUUUCUUGCACAUUUCCUCUUGCGUUACUAAGCUUAUUUGCAACCUUGCUCUCUACUCUUUUGCUUAUUUUGCUUUCAUCUCUCUCUCUUUAUAUACGUCGACCAUAUAUAUAUGAAGAAAGUAAAACCAUGCUUUCCACAUUUCUUUGCAUCACCACUUCAACAACUCUCAAGUCAUUAUACUAUUCCAAAAAGAUACAGAAAGAAAGAAAAUAAAAACUUUCCCAUUGGCGAUUUAAGUUGCUAGUUUAUAAUGGCUUCAAGGAAUUUCGAAGAAGAAGAAGAUCGAAGCAUUCGUUUGCAGGUGUCGGAGCUACAUAAACUGGAGGAAGCUAGAGGCUCAAACGACACCGUAUUCGAUCUAAGAAGCAGCAUUGAGAAAGGAGACAGCGGCGAAACCGCGGACGCAGCCUCCGUUUCCUCCGCGACCGCGUUUCGCAGUAAAUCAACGACCCCCGCUCCAGAGAAGCAGCUAACGCUGUUCGCUCUCCAGCUCGCGAUCCUCGAGAAAACCGCCACCGGAAUCGGAACCCUAGGGUUCAUCUGGGCCACGGUGGUCCUCCUCGGCGGCUUCGCGAUCACCCUCGACGGCUCCGACUUCUGGUUCAUCACCAUCAUCCUCCUCAUCGAAGGCGCUCGAAUCUUCAGCCGAAGCCACGAGCUCGAGUGGCAGCACCAAGCCACGUGGACCAUCGCCGGCGUCGGGAUCAGCAGCUUCCGCGCUCUCCGAUCAACCUCAGCUUCCCUCCUCAGAUGCCUCCAAAUCCGAUCGAGAGAAACGACGACGACGGUUACAAGAGACUCCGAAGCAGCCACGUGGCGGAAGAACAGCUCAGAGGUGCCUCUCCUUCCGUACGCGAGAUGGUUCUUCAUCUCCAGCGCGGUGAGCCGGCUCCUCUACUGGCUCCAGCUCCUCUCCGCGACGGCGUGCGUGGCGUUGUCUUCGUACAAGCUCGUGAGGCACAACUACGGAGACGUUCACAAGGGAGAUACGGAUAAGAGGAAUAGACAGUCGGCGCUGAACAUAUUCUACUCGCUCGCAUUGGCUGAGGCGUUGCUGUUUUUAGCUGAGAAAGCUUAUUGGGAGUGGAGAGUGAGUGUUUGUAAUUUGCUUGAGAAUGUGACUAGAGAGUGUGAGUUUGGGGCUACUGGUUUGGUUUCGAUAAAGAGGUUUUUCUAUGAUUCUUACUCUAAGUGUGUGAAUGGGAGUAUCUUUGAUGGGUUGAAGAUGGAUAUUGUGAGCUUUGGUAUGGAGCUUUUGGGGUCUAACUCUUCUGAUGAGCAGCUUAUUGGGGCUAGGAUACUCAGACAGUUUGCAGUUAGUGAACGGUACUCGGAGGAGACGCUUGAGAAGAUCGGAAUCAACUUCCCUGUUGUUGAAAGGUUGGUGGAGAUGCUGAACUGGAAAGAUCUGCAAGAGGAAGAGAUUAGGAGAUCAGCGGCUGAGAUACUAUCGAAGCUAGCUGGCAAAAAGCAGAACUCUUUGAGAGUAGCUGGGAUCUCUGGUGCGAUGGAGUCUAUUUCUUCGUUGUUAGAGAGCACGAGGUCAUCAGGUGAAGCUCCUGAUGAGAUUGGAGAGAAGAAAGUGUUCCAUGAGCAUGAUCUACACUACGAUUUCUGUAGAUUUAACAAUUUGGGACUGUUGAUUCUGAAGAAGUUGGCUAAAGAUCAUGAUAACUGUGGAAAGCUAGGCAACACGAGGGGUCUUCUCCCGAAGAUAAUUGAUUUCACACACGUGGAUCAAGUUCUGUUGUGGGAGGAGAACGCAGAGGUUGCUAGGUCACAGGUUCUGACGUUGAAACGGUCCCUGCAGCUGGUGAAAAUGUUAGCCAGCACGACUGGGCACACAGGGAAGUGCCUCAGGAGGGAGAUCUCGGAGAUUGUUUUCACGGUUAGCAACGUGAGGGAUGUGUUGAGACACGGGGGGAGAUACCCGAAGCUGCAGAAGCUCGGGAUAGGGAUACUGACAAACCUUGCGCUUGACACGGAAGCUAGGGAGAGAAUUGGCGGAACGGGUGGUGUUUUGAAAGAGCUGUUCAACAUUUUCUUUAAAACUCACGGAGCCGAUGGGAAUCAGGGAUGUGUGAGGAUCGCUGCAGGGGAGGCGAUAGCGAUGCUUGUGUUGGAGAGCAAAGGCAACUGCCUCCAUGCUCUUAGGCUUGGAGUGAUGGGGAGGCUUGUGGAAGCACUUGAAGUUCCUUUGAUCCGUGUGAAUGCUGCAAGAGUGUUGAGAAACUUGUGCUUGUACUCUGGGGAUGAUUGCUUUCAUGAACUGAAGUUCGUUAGAGCAGCAGCACCUACGGUGUUGAAGUCAAUCACAUCAGAAGACAACAAACUACAGGAAGUGAUGGUGGGGUUAGCAGCCCAAGUGUUUAGAUUCAUGAGUCCAGAAGAUUCCUGCUAUGUUUUCAUGGAUUCAGGGAUCAGGCGGCGGGAACUGGCAUACUCGUUGGUCUCGAUUCUGAGAAAACACGACAAACCAGCGAUUAAGGUGCCAAGAAUCAGGAGAUUUGCGAUCGAGCUGGCGGUAUGGAUGAUGGAAGAUGACAUGGAGAAUAAUGUAGCGGUGUUCAGAGAGUUGGGUCUGGAGAAAGAGCUUGAGAAGGUUCUCGAAACUACGGCUGAGCUUGAGAACUUCGAUGUUUUCUCUGGUACUGUUGGAGUAAGCCGUCAUAGCAGGACGGUCCAUUCGCUAGCUGAGCUAGCCUUGAAAAUUCUUGAGGAUAACUGAACCAUGAAAAUAUAACUCAAUUGUUUUGAAUGAAGAACAAAUGAAAUGUAAUUAUGUAAUACAUUAUUUAAUUUAUUGAUUUGAAGUUACGCUAUU